AUGCUGAAUAUACUCACCCGAAAACAGCAUUCAGAUUUACGAUACACAAUUAUGUCCCGGGGGCUUAGAAUAGCACUCAAGGAAUUAUUUGAUGCAAUUAAAGUUCUUCUUUGGAUUCCUUCAUAUUAUACAAAUCAUCCAGCUUCAACCCACGCAUGGAACACAUAUGAUCAAACCGAAUUACAUGAUGAUAAUUUUCAUCAGGAGAUGCAAGAAGAAUACAAUGAAGAAAAAAAUAAUACAGAUGCACAGAGCACUGAGUUUACAGAAGAGAGCGAAAAUUAUGACAACACACAGUCCAGCCACUUACAGAAUAUAGAGCAUGAGUCAUAUGAAAAUCCUUUCCCAGUUAUUCAAACAACAAACUCAAAAAAUAUACUCAAAAGAGCUCUUAAAUUCAUACUUAAAUUGCUGCAACUAACCACAUACCUGUACAUCGUACUAUUCUUUCUUAAGUGUAUUUACAUUGCAUUUAAGUUCCCAUUCGUAUAUUGCGCCACAUUUGGAAUGUAUAUGGAUGAUGACGGCAUCUUAUUAUCAAUUUUCAUGAACGAAUCAAUUAUUUCUGGGUUUUUGAGAUUCAUAUACUUUACUAUGCUCCCACUUGUGAUCAUCUAUAGGACAAUGAAAAGAGAAUAUCCUUCGUUUAAAAAAUAUACUGUUUGCAUUAUCAUAGCCAUACUGAGCAUUAUUAUUAGCAACACUAUAUCAUACCUUGUAUACAGAAAGGUUAUUAAUAGUGUAUACAUGUUUAUACAGUCAAAAAACAAUAUUCUCUUUGAUUUGGCACUUUCAGCCAUAGUAACUCUAGUUUAUGUGUCUACUGCAUUUUCAGAGCUUUACAGCGCAUGGGUUGCUAGCAAAAUAGAUCAUGUAUGGGAUGCUGUGGAGUUCGGGCAGAAGAUAUAUCUAAUAUAUAUUACUGCAAGUUUUUUAUACGUUGCAGUUAGUAUUGUAAUUGUACUUUCCACACUAUUCAAGCACAGCAUUGUUGAUGUGAUAGCACAUAUACUUAUGACAAUAACUACUUUGUUUAGGAUAUAA